AAGACGCCCAUACAGUUCUUGCUACAAUAACGCAUUCAUCCACCAACAUGGGGUCGAGAAACUUACUUGCAUCGGUAUUAGGUCUGCUGCUGAUUGUGAAUUGCGUGACUGCAUUCAUGCAAUGGGACUACCAAUUCGGUACACGGAAUGACGCCGAUGAAAAACUUGCCCAAUUGUCGGGCGAUAUUCCGCUGUUCUCAUAUCACCAAACUUUUCCGAUAAAAGUGUCGCCACAAAGUCUGAUACGCUACGUCAAAGUGACGGUAUGGUCUCUCAGCCCGCCAAAAGUGGAUUACGAUGAAAACACCCAAACUGUUUCCAUUGUUUACUCUUUCAUACAGGUGACGGCCAGCUCAUACAAAAUUGAGGCCUAUGGUAUCUACGCUUUAAGUUCUGAUGGAGAAAAACAGAUUACUGGUUAACAAGGUUAAAAAUUCCAGCUCAACAGUUUCAUUAUCUUUAUUUUGAAUUUUAAAGUCAAAGUUUUAAGUAAUUUCAGCCAAACAAGACCACCAACUUGUGAGAUUCUCAGAAUCAUAUGUCGCGCGAGUACUUAGCUAUUAGAUAUUUCAUAAUUUUUAGUUGAAGAACUUUGCACAAUGUCUAUGAUCAGCUAAUUAAUCGCCAUGGACGAACCUUAUCGAUUACUAAAGUAGUGCACUCAUAAAAUACAUGUGUUAAUGCCUUCAUUGUGUAUGUCUACUAUUCUACACCUUGUAGAUGUUGAGAGUAUACGCUGCAUUGAGGUCUUCUUGUGGUCUUCUGUUGGCCACCAUGUUUUUUUUUUAUUUAUCUUGAGAUAUUUAUUUACCUUUAAUGUUCGCCGACUUUAGACAGGUACAUUAUUUAUUAUAUUUGGAUUUGUUAAAGAAAUAAAGACAAACAUUGUACUGA